AUGCGAACCGCGGCCGACCUGUGGUGCAGCAACGAGGCGGCCGCCCUGGCUGAGUACGGCAACAUCGCGGAUUGGGACUUGAGCCGCAUCACCGACCUGAGUUGUCUGUUCAGCGCUUCAUCGGCGUGGUGCGGUUGGAGCGGGUCCUCCACGACCGGCAAGAGCACGUGCGACCCCGACAUCAGCUCGUGGGUCACGUCUGCGGCCACCGACAUGAGCAGCAUGUUCCACGGCGCCACCGCCUUCAACAAGGACAUCUCCUCGUGGAACACGUCUGCUGUUCGCUCCAUGAUCAGCAUGUUCGAAGGCGCCUCCUCCUUCGACAAGGACAUCUCCUCGUGGGACACGUCUGCUGUUCUCUACAUGAGCGGCAUGUUCCGCGGCGCCACCUCCUUCGACAAGGACAUCUCCUCGUGGGACACGUCUGCGGUUCUCUACAUGACCGGCAUGUUCGAAGGCGCCAUCUCCUUCGACAAGGACCUCAGCUCGUGGGACGUGUCUGCAGUCGUCGAUGGUCUCAUGGGCGCCAUGUUCGAAGGCGCCUCCUCCCUCAGCGACUGCAACAAGGCGCUCAUCCAGGCCAGCUUCAGCACGCAGACGAGCGCGUGGCCCUCGGACUACAACUCGUGGGGCUUGUUGUGCACCGGCGUCUGCGGCGACGGCACUGCGCUCGACGCAGUGACGCGGAAGUGCGAGGUCUCGCUCGGCAACGGUACCGAGGUGCUCGACGGCAAGGUCGAGGUCGUGCUCGGCAGCGCCACCGAGGUGGUCGACGGCAAGGUCGAGAUUGCGUGCUCCGACAACCGCCGCCUAGAGGAGGCGCAAGAGGAGGGCGCACAGGAGGCGGCGGCGGCGUCAAUCGUCGACGGCCUCCUCGCGCGGCACCCGGACUUCGUCGCCGAACUGCGGCGUGCAAACCUUGAUGAGAAGGCCAUCAAGAUCAUGCUCGAGCUCGGGCAGGAUUUUCGGCUGCCGGCGCUCGCGUAA